AUGGUCUCUUUACCACAAUACGAAACGGAAAUGCUCCACAUCGAGCCUUGGGCCGAUAAGAAAGAGGCUCCAUACUACCGUAAUGAUCCAGAUCCGGGCUGGGAGGGCCAGAACUACAAGUGGCUACCGUAUAAUGUCCAGGUGUCAAACUGUCGCGAUGCGAAAGAGUCUUUUACCCUGGACGAUCAUGCUUUCACUUUCGUGGACGACGAAGAGGGCAGUCGCCCGGAAUUGCUGCAGUCAGUUCGUGACAUUGACACGGAGACCAUCGAACGCGACUAUUAUGCCUCGGUCGAGGAGGUCGUCAAGCGCGCGACUGGCGCAGAGAAAGUUGUGAUUUUCAAUCACUCCAUUCGCAAGCGUGAUCCAGACGAAGGGUUCUUCGGCCGCCCAGGAAAACAACAGCCUGGGAGAACCGUUCAUUGCGAUCAAACUCCGAAAGGUGCUUUACGCAGAGCCCGGCAAUAUGGCGGGGAGAACGUUGAAGAGCUCCUGAAAGGGCGCUUCCGUAUUAUCAAUGUGUGGCGUCCCAUCAACGCCCCGGUAGAUGACUGGCCACUAGCCACCAUGGAUGGAAGCUCUUUGGAGGAUGAGAACCUUCACGCCACCGAUCUCUGGAAGCGCCAGUGGGAGGAGAUGGGCUCCACAUAUAAUAUAAGCCACAACAAGAACCAGAAGUGGUACUACCUAGGUGGGCAGCGACCAGAUGAGGCACUGCUGAUCAAGAUCUACGACAAUAAAUCUGAUGUGGCGGCUAAAUUGUGCCCGCAUUGUGCUUUCGAGCACCCGGAAACAAAGCCCGACGCACCACGGAGGGAGAGUAUCGAGGUACGCUGCCUGGUGUUUGGUGGCAAGUAA